AUGGGGCCUGGUACUCUUGAGCCUCCUAGGCUAGACGGGUUCAGUCUUGUCUUACCUCUGCCUUAUCGCGUUGCUGUUAUACUAGUUGCUGGCGUAUGGGGAUGGGGGUUAAAUGUUCAGUAUCUCACUGCUGUCAAAAUUGAUGUCCCAGCAUUGAUCCGGUAUCCCUCUCGACCUGAUACAGCCGGCACAGUCACCGUACACAAGUCCACUUACCACCUUGCAACCCUCCUGUCCAUCCCGCUAGCCAUCUCCCUUAUCGCCUUCUGGAUCAUAACACAUGGUGAUCCUGCUCGAGUUGUCGCCUGGGAGGCUCUGCCACAAUCCUAUCUCUUCCUCUUCGUCGUACUACUUGCUCUUCCGCUGCACCGUCUCUCGCGUGGUGGAAGAUACCGGUUCUUAAUAACGCUUAAACGUAUCAGUUUAGGUGGGCUCGCCGACGCGCGGGAUGGCAAAUUUGGCGAUAUCAUACUCGCUGAUGUGCUUACUAGCUAUUCUAAAGUUCUGGGAGAUCUGUUCGUGAGCUCGUGCAUGUUUAUUUCGCACGAUGUGUCCAGUACUGGCAUACCUGACAGAGCGUGCGGCGGUCACAUAGCUGUGCCAUUGCUCAUUGCUGUUCCAAGCAUAAUCCGACUACGACAAUGUUUGAUCGAGUUCUCCCGAGUUUACAAGCGUGGAAAUCGUCAUAUCGAUGGCUGGGGUGGUCAGCAUCUUGCUAAUGCGGCUAAAUAUGCUACAACCCUGCCUGUGAUCGUGUUGAUCAUGCUGCAGCGUAAUUAUGAUCCCUCUAUUAUAGGCGUCAGUGAGGAGACAUUGCAUAAGUUAUGGAUAAUAUCUGCCUUUAUCAAUUCAUCAUACUGCUUUUACUGGGACGUAGACAAGGAUUGGGACCUUUCCCUCUUCUCCGACAUUGUCAACCGAUUCCGUCCUUCUUCUACUCUGCCGGAUGAAAACCCGCAUCCCUUUGGUCUCCGUACAAACCGAUUCUUCCAUGCCAACGGCAUUUACUACGCUGCCAUUGUGAUCGACCUAAUACUCCGAUUUACAUGGCUUAGCCGGUUAACCACCCGACUGAACUGGGUUAACGAUCUGGAGAGCGGCGUUUUUGCCCUUAUGUUUUUAGAGGUUAUUAGACGAUGGUUAUGGAUAUUCCUUAGAGUUGAGACCGAAUGGGUACGAAAUACGCGUGGUCCAGCCCCCGACGAUAUUCUACUUGGAGAAUUUACGAAGAUAGACGAGGACUAA